CCACAAGCGGGCCGUGUGCUUUGAGCAAGUGGCAUAUCCUAACUAACUUCGACUGCUUUUCGAGGAUGAGCUCUGUUGCUGUAAAUGAUGAGAAUCAUGGGGUCUGCCCUGGGAGGAAGAAAAGUAUCUCAAGUAAUGACAUUUUUGCUCUGGAACAGACGACUGGGAGGCCAUCCAUCUUGCGUCAAGCAGAAAACUUACCCAACAAAACCGUGGCAAAGGGAGCAAAGGUUUGUUUUCAGACUCCAAGAAGAGACCCAGUCACCAAAAGAAUUUUAUCUCCCACAAAGUCUGUUAAAAUUACAAGCAUAGAUGAGUGUACAAGAGCCAUGGAUACUUUAACUUUACAGUUGGAUAACACAAAAAAUUUGCCUCAGGAGUACACUAAGCCAUUUGAUGAGCACAGAUCUGAAGUGUCAUCCUAUCCCAAGGAUGAGAUGCCCAUACAAAGUAACACUGGUUAUCAGUUGGAUUUUGAUAGUCUUGAUGACAUCAAUCCAUUUCAGGGGUCUAAUAAGGUGGCACUUUCGCCAGCGAGGCCUGCAGUUGAAGAACUUCCUCCAGGGCAAAAUUGCCCUCAACAUGAAAUACCAGAGGAGCCCACCAAAACAGAAACUGUACUGGACGAGACCCUUCCAUUCAUCCUCUCAGUGGAAGAUUCUUUCAUUAAUGUCUCCACAAACAUAUGCUCUACAGAUAGCAGUGUUGUAACUGUGGCAAAAGACACAAAUGUUGAGGAUCAAGAUAUAUUUUCCACGCCACCUCAAGAGGAACUACCUGCAGUCACAUAUUUAGGUGAUGAUCAGCAGAAGACCAUGGCCAGUUUUUGUGUGGAAGAUUUUCCGCUGCCAACAAAAGGUUCCUACAACUUGGACUUGGACAACCUUGACUCAGUCGACCCUUUCCAAACUGGUGGCUCUAAAAUUCAGAAUUCCCCUGUCCUUGGGAGAAAAGUUGCAUGCAAUGAUGUGCCUGUUAACGUGUCCCCAGUAAAAGAAAUGCAACCUGAAAAUACCUUUAAUGUUCAAGAGGAACCUGUUGAUUCUGAGGUGAAGCUCACAGCUGCAGUGGCUCCCUUUUCCGAUGAUAUCUCCAUGCCAACAGAUGAUAAAUCCAUAUCCCAAGCUGUUUUCACUUCAAAGGAAGGCCCAGUCAAACUUGAGUUCAAUUUUGAUGAUGGCAGUGAGGUGACGCAAAAGCCACCCCCCAAGAAGUGUAGCAAAUGUCCUCCUGACCUGAAAUCUACAGAGAAAAGGCCUGCACUCGAAAAGGACUCCACGCCACCAAAAGAAUCAACAGCUAGCACUGUUGCCAUUCAGCAGAAGACCAUAGCCAGUUUUUGUGUGGAAGAUUUUCCGCUGCCAACAAAAGGUUCCUACAACUUGGACUUGGACAAUCUUGCCUCAAUCAACCCUUUCCAAACUGGUGGCUCUAAAAUUCAGAAUUCCCCUGUCCUUGGGAGAAACGUUGCAUGCGAUGAUAUGCCUGUUAAAGUGUCCCCAGUAAAACAAAUGCAACUUGAAAAUACUUUUACUGUUCAAGAAGAGCCUGUUUAUUUUGAGGUGAAGCCCACAUCUGCAGUGGCUCCCAUUUCCGAUGACAUCUCCAUGCCAACAGAUGAUGAAUCCACAUCCCAAGCUAUUUUCACUUCAAAGGAAGGCCCAGUCAAACUUGAGUUCAAUUUUGAUGAUGGCAGUGAGGUGACGCAAAAGCCACCCCCCAAGAAGUUUAGCAAAUGUCCUCCUGGCCUGAAAUCUACAGAAAAAAAGCCUGCACUCAAAAAGGACUCCACAUCAGUUAAAGAAUCAUCAGCCAGCACUGUUGCCAUUCAGCAGAAGACCAUAGCCAGUUUUUGUGUGGAAGAUUUUCCACUGCCAACAAAAGGUUCCUACAACUUGGACUUGGACGUCCUUGACUCAAUCAACCCUUUCCAAACUGGUGGCUCUAAAAUUCAGAAUUCCCCUGUCCUUGGGAGAAACGUUGCAAGUAAUGACGUGCCUGUUAACGUGUCCCCAGUUAAAGAAAUGCAACUUGAAGAGACUUUUAAUGUUCAAGAGGAAUCUGUUGAUUCUGAGGUGAAGCUCACAGCUGCAGUGGCUCCCAUUUCCAAUGAUCUCUCCAUGUCAACAGAUGAUGAAUCCACAUCCCAAGCUGUUUUCACUUCAAAGGAAGGCCCAGUCAAACUUGAGUUCAAUUUUGAUGAUGGCAGUGAGGUGAAGCGAAAGCCACCCCCAAAGAAGUUUAGCAAAUGUCCUCCUGGCCUGAAAUCUACAGAGAAAAAGCCUGCACUCGAAAAGGACUCCACACCACCGAAAGAAUCAUCAGCUAGCACUGUUGCCAAUCAAGUUGAUGAGGCUUCUAUUCCGACUGGUUCCUACUUGAACUUGGAGAAGUUUGACAACGCUAACUUCAAUCCCUUUGGAAAUAGUUCAAAAAUGGCAGACUCACCAAAGUGUGGCAUAAAAUCCAGCCUUGCUGGCAAAGCACUGACACCAGUCAUUGAGAAGACAAAUCCUGAACCAAAGCCCAGCCCUGUGGAGAAUGAAGCUGUACUCUCAAUGUGUUCUGGAGAUAAUUUCUCGCCAAAGAGUGAAUCCAGUCAUGCUGCCCAGAAUGAUGAUAAUAAAAUGUCAAAAGAAGAGUCCAAGGCUGCCUCUGACUAUGAUCUGGGAUCUCAAGCUGAAGCGGAGCAAUCUGUACUGAGUGUUCCUGAACCUUUCAAAUUGGGUCAACAUGAACAGAAGUCACAGACUGGCUUGUCAGAACCCAAUGAGGUGUUUGUUCCUGGAACCAUGUUUAUGUCCAAUGACUUCGAUGGGCAAAUUGACUACCUGGAACAGUUUGGGUCUGGCAAUUUCAAGGAGUCUGCCCUGAGGAAGCAGUCUCUGUAUCUCAAAUUUGACCCCCUACUGAAAGACAGUCCUAAGAAGUCUGGAGGCCCUGCUGUUCAGAACUCUCUCCCUCAUCCUUCUAUGUUUGCUUCACAUUUGAAGGCACCACAGACAACAGAAGAAGCGGCAAAACAGCCAAAAAAUGAACAUUCCAAAUUGGUUGAUGAUAUGACAACAUCAUUGGUGGGUCCUGUCAUCCAGAAUCCUCCAAUGCUUGAUAGUCUGGUCCCUCCUUUCCCCCAGCCAGCUAACACGGAGGAUGCGAUCAUUGAAAUGCUGAAGUAUAGUCAAAAAGACUUGGAUGCAGCCAUUGCCAAAGUCCAGGCAGAGGCAGAGAAAAAAGAGGAGCAAUGGAGUGUUAAGUGUGCGAAGCUCUGCGAGGAUGGCCAUGAAAUGAGGAAAGUGAUUUCUGAAUUUGAGCUCGUAACUGCACAGAUAUUGGCUAAUCAAGAGAAGGAAAGGGGGAUGGCCCAGGAAAAGCUUAAUAAGGCCCUGCUGGAGAAGGAACAAUUAGCAGGGGACCUGAAUGCCAUGGAGAAGUCUUUCUCUGAGCUCUUCAAGAGACUGGGAAAGUACAAGGAUGUCAUUGAGGGUUACAAGAAGAAUGAGGCGACUCUGAAAGCGUGUGCUGAAGAGUACUUGAUGACAAUCAAAAAGGAGGAGCAGCGCUAUGAGACCCUAAAAGCCCAUGCUGAAGAAAAAAUUGACCGCGCAAAUGAAGAGAUUGCUGAGGUGCGGUCCAGGCUUAAGACAGAGGUAUCAGCACUUCAAGCACAGCUGCGUAGAGAACAGCUAAAGGUGCAAUCACUGCAGAAGAACCUGGACCAGAAGGUGAAAGAGGCUGAGGAACUCUCCAACCUUUGUGAUGAACUUAUCAACAGUGUCCAGAAGCGCUGAAUGCAAAUUUUUUUUCUGUUUUAAAUUCUCAUUACUUUCCUCCUGUGUUGCUGUAGAUCUUUAAGUUGUUUAUAUAUGUUGCCAUUUCUUGGUCUCUUAUGUUGUUGUUGUUUUUGUUGUUGUUGUUAUGCUAAUAAAGAGUUGC